AGCCAGCAAAAAAAGAUCACGGCGGAAAAAUCCAAAGCAGUAGAAAAUCUUUACGACACCGUCGCUGUUCUCCCAACCGAAGCAAACAAGUUGAAGGAGCGACCGAUUGAGGGCUUAUCGUCUAGAUCGAUCCCCCUCCAGAUCGCGUCGCUACUAGGGGGGAUCGAGCAAGAUCGGACUUGGUUUUUGGUUGGAUUCGGUCAGAGUUGGUGUUGGUAGAUCGCCGCUCCGAGGAUGGCCUCCGCCAAAUCGUCUCGAUCUAGGAAUUCGGUGCCGUCCGGGCUUGCCGCUCCUCCCGGUGCGCUCCAGGCGAAUGGCGGCGGCGGAGGGCAGGAGGCGGGAGUCCAGCUCGCCGACAAGUUGAAGAUUUUCAAGACCGAUAAUUUCGACUCUGAUGCCUACGUGCAGUCCAAAUGCCAGACCAUGAACGAAAGGGAAAUCAAACAGUUGUGCAAUUAUUUGCAAGAUCUAAAGAAAGCAUCGGCAGAAGAAAUGCGCAAAAGUGUAUAUGCAAACUAUGCAUCAUUCAUCAGAACAUCAAAGGAAAUAUCAGAUCUUGAAGGAGAGCUCUUAUCCAUCAAAAAUCUUCUAGGUGCACAAACGGGACUAAUUCGUGGUUUAGCUGAGGGAGUAAAUAUUGAUUCCUUAUCUGCUGCCUCUGAUGGAGGCAAAGAAGAUGACAAAUCAAGAAUUGAGGAUCAAGAACCUUCAGAUAUGGAGAAAUGGGUAGUGGAAUUUCCUGAUUUGCUGGAAGUUUUGCUAGCUGAAAGGAGAGUUGAUGAGGCUUUGGAUGCCCUGGAUGAAGCAGAACGAGUAGUUACAGAUGCAAAACAAAACCAGACUCUGGGAACUUUGGCUCUUGCAUUGUUGCAGAAUGCUGUGUCAGAAUAUCGUCAGAAGUUAGCUGAUCAACUUGCUGAGGCCGCUUGCCAGUCUUCUACUCGCGGUGUUGAACUUCGUGGAGCUGCUUCAGCUCUCAAAAGGCUUGGUGAUGGUCCUCGUGCACAUACUUUGCUGUUGACCGCUCACGAUCAGAGACUCCAGUACAAUAUGCAAGUUAUUCAUCCUACUAGUACUUCUUAUGGAGGAGCAUACACAGCUGCAGUAUCACAGCAAGUAUUUUCUGCCAUUGCUCAAGCUUUAAAUGAUUCUCAAGCUGUCUUUGGCGAUGAAUUUGCAUCAGAGUUGGUUAUCUGGUCCACAAAGCAGGCAGAGUCUUUCGCACAUCUUGUGAGGAGGCAUGCAUUAGCUUCAUCAGCUGCAGCUGGAGGCUUAAGAGCUGCUGUGGAAUGUGUACAGAUAGCUAUUGAGCAUUGUUCCUUGCUUGAAGCUCAUUGGAAGUUGUCACUUUCUUCUGUUCUUCUGAGAUUAUUUAGGCCUUGUGUUGAACAAGCACUUGAUGCUAAUUUAAGAAGGAUUGAGGAGAGUACCUCUGCCUUAGCAGCUGCAGAUGAUUGGGUACUUAUAUAUCCAUCUACAGGUUCACGUACAUCCAGUAGAUCAUCUACUUCAGUUAUGGGUAUCCAACCCAAGCUUACUAGCAGUGCACAUCGAUUUAAUUCCAUGGUUCAGGAUUUUCUUGAGGAUGUAGGGCCACUCUUAAGUAUGCAAUUAGGUGGUUCCACCAUGGAUGGUCUACUCAAAGUCUUCAACUCAUAUAUUAAUCUGCUCAUAAAUGCAUUACCAAGUUCAAUGGAGGAUGAGACAUAUUUGGAUGGUCCUGUGAAUAAACUUGUUCAAAUAGCAGAAACUGAAACUCAACAGUUGUCUUUAUUGGCAAAUGCAUCUCUCUUGGCAGAAGACUUGCUGCCACGGGCAGCUAUGAAGCUUUCUCCACAUUAUCAGGCUGGUCGUAUAGAAGAUACUCGUCAACGGGGGUUAGACAAAAACAUUCGUGUGCCUGAACAAAGAGAAUGGAAAAGAAAGCUACAGCGCUCUGUGGAUAAAUUACGUGAUAGCUUUUGUAGGCAACAUGCCCUUGAUCUUAUAUUCACAGAAGAUGGUGAUACUAACUUGAGUGCAGAAAUGUACAUAAACAUGGAUUAUAAUUCCGAGGAGCCAGAUUGGGCUCCUUCUCCAAUAUUUCAGGAGCUGUAUGCAAAAUUGAACAGCAUAGCAACCAUAGCCUCAGAUAUAUUUGUUGGUAGGGAAAGAUUCGCAACCUUGCUACUGAUGAGACUGACAGAGACAGUCAUAUUAUGGCUCUCAGAAGAUCAGAGCUUUUGGGAGGAAAUUGAAGAGGGACAAAGACCUUUAGGCCCCCUUGGCCUGCAGCAGUUUUAUCUGGAUAUGCAGUUUGUUAUUCUUUUUGGACAAGGUCGAUUCUUGUCUCGGCAUGUGCAUCAAGUUAUUAUUGACGUCAUUGAAAGAGUUAUGGCUGCAUUUUCUGCUACUGGAAUGAACCCAGACAGUGUACUUCCAAGUAAUGACUGGUUCUUUGAAAUUGCUCAAGAAACCAUAUUUAGGAUUAGUGGAAAAGCAAGAUAUGGAAAUGGUGAGAGAGAACUUAACAGUCCAACUGCAUCUGUCUCCGCACAAUCCAUCUCAUCUGUCAGAUCUCUUGGUAGCUCUUAGUGUGCAGCUUUCUUGUAUGCCCUUGUAUAAUAAGCAGCAGUUUAGUUGUAUCUUUUAUUUUGCCUUGUAUCUGUAUCUGUGGUUUUUAUCAGGUUGUAGUGGUUCAUGCUUAGCCAAUCAUCAACUUUUGGAGUUUCUAGUCUGUAUGUACUUCGUUGUUAUGCAGUCCGAUCUCCAGCUUGUUCCAUUC